AUCUGAAAGAACAAUAAGAUACGUAUGUACGGGUAUAUGUAUAUAUUAUAUAAGCGAGGUAUCGUCGGAUAGGAAAGCAUGAUUUAGGCGAUAAGGAAAUGAAUUUUUCUUCUUCUUCUUCUUCUUCUUAACUCGUCGACUUGACUCGAGGUCGUAGAGAAUCCGGCGUUUGCGCGUGAAACCGCGCGUGGAAAAGCGCCGACGUAAGUCGGACAUUAUGUGUUAGGGUAGGGGGAUCAUGGCAACCCUCUUUCCCUUUUGGAACGUGCGCGUUUCUCGGCAUCAGCACGUGGCAUCAAAGGGAUAGAAUAUACCGGGGGGGUGGUCGCGCAAACGGCGACGACCCUCGCUCGUCGUCGCUGCUGCUCGCGCGCGAGCGAGCGAACACGGCCGAGUAAACGGUGCCUCCUCCUUUCAAAAAGAGAAAAUAUCUUUUCUUUCCGUUUUUAAAGAAAAUCGUUGAAAAGCGUAGUUGCCAUGUGUCGUUACUCUCCUUCUUUCUUUUUUUUAUUUUUUCUUCGUUUUCUCACUUUUUUCUUUUUUCCUUAUUCUCGCUUCUUUCACUUUUUCUCUUCUUUUUGAAAAAAAGAAUAAAAGAAAAGGUAGAAAUAUAGUAAUAUCUUUCGAAUCUUUCGAUCUAAAAUUCUCGCGAGUGAAAUUUCAUGUGUCCAAACGGCGAUGUUGACUACGAAGAUCGAGCCUGUAACAAUCGCGUGAUCGACAUCGAUCUAUCCUUGUGGGGGGAGAGAGAAUCUGUUCCAAGAGGAAAUAAAUUCACGUAGGAGAAAGGGGAGGAAUGGGCCCUUGGGCCUUUGGCGUCCCUCUCAUCCUUGCCUGCGCUUUGGGCCUUCUUCUUAACGUCUACGUUCUGCUCGUUGUUCUUGGUCUUGGUAAACAGACGCAGCAGCAGCAAACGGCAAAUACGUUGCUACUGAUUCAUCUUGGCGCGGUCGAGGCAGCCGUGUGUUUGAUAUUACUGAUCUUUACUACUACACCUUGGCCAAUAGCCGGCAGUUGGUGCGUAUUUCAUGGCUUUCUCUUAGCCCUUUUACAUCCCGUCGCAUUGUGGACCGUCACGGGACUGAACUGCGAUCGAUAUUACGCUAUCGCCGCGCCGUUGCAUUACGCGGCACUGGUAUCACCCCGACGAGUGAACCUCGGUUUGGCAGCUUCCUGGACGGGAGCCCUUCUCUUGUCUCUACCACCGUUCUCCGGCCUGGUACCACCUUACAGAUACAGUCCAGGCUUAGGCUGUUGUGCACCAGAUUUUGGAAACGGAAGUUGGGGUUCUGCAGCUGCACUUUACGGCGCGGUUUACGCGAUUCUCGGCUUGGCAUUGCCGGCGAUUCUCGUGACGGUCUGCAAUUUGCGAGUCCUCGGUAUAGCGCGUUAUCAUCGGCAUCGUAUCGCUAGUGCAAUCUACGAGGUCACAUUAAGCGCCCAAGUGACCAUCACCCAUCAGCGAAAUCCAUUUUUCGUGCCCACGGUCACGGCACCCUCGGCCGGUGGUCCUCCUCGUUUUCAUAGCGCUGCGAGCACGGUGAUGCAACUAGUUGGUUCGCUCUAUUUGCUGUACUUUCCCUACUGCGGAUUUAUACUUUGGGAAUCCUGCGGUGUCGGCGAUCAAGAUCGUCUCCAGGCGCAUCCUCGACUAGCCUCCUUGGCAUCUCUCCUUCUUGCCUGUUCUCCGCCGAUCAACGGUCUCCUCUACGGUCUGAAAUCGCAAACUCUGAGACGAUCCGUGCAAAAUUAUUGGCGAAAAAAGGCGACCAAGUCCGAAUUGCAACAGGAGAUACAGGCAAGAACGCCUAGCGUGGCGGGCUCAAGAAGACCGUCGGGAAGUGGUACCGGAUCGUUCUUUCCAUUUCCUCCGUUACAACGACGUCUUAGCGAAGCACUAUUGGCGAUUGGUAACUGCAGAUCGGGAAAUAGCAUCGAACACGGUAAUCUCAAUUAUCAUCGUACGAGAUUACAGCCUGCGGCUUCGUGUAACACGCUUAGAGUACCAUCGGCGGAAUCAGGUAAAGAAUCAAAACAUUUUCAAAAGAUGUUCAAAAUGAAAUCUCACGAUCAUCGAUUCGAAGGCGAAACUGGGAAAUUGGUGAGGUCCAGUGCUAGCGCGGCGAGUCUAAUGGGGCCACAUUAUCGAGGCGAUUUCGCAACGGGCAACGAGAUUGGAACUGGUUGUUCCAUCGGUAUGAACGAAACGCCCAGACAAAGUCCAAGGAUUCUUAUAACGCGUGCUUGCAGCGAGGAGAGCCAAAACGGUGGGAGUCCUCUUCUUCGUAAAUCUCAUCCCUCGAACUCGGCUCAUCAUCCACCCUGCGAAAAACGUAGAUGGAGAUAUUGUAGUACCGGAAGCGAUAGUAGCACUGGGAGUAGCGAAACAAACGUUUGGACGACUGGCGUUGUUGCUCACAAAAUGGGGAAGAAUAAUUUGAAAAGUAUGACGGAUGUUUGGCCGGCGAGCCGACGAUUGAUACGCGUGAGAACUCUCGAGGAGGAUUCACUUUCAACUGGCAUCAGGCCGAACAAUAACAAUAACAACAACAACAACAACAACAACAACAACAACAGCGAGAGUAGCGAUACGACGGAUAACACAGCGACGACGACGACGACGACGACGACGACUUUACCGAUCAAGACGCAAAUGUUCGAGGACGGAGAGGAGGAUAUUGAUACGAGGAUGAGAAAGGGAUCGAGGAAAAAUGAAGAGAGGAAUCAAAGCGAGAGCGAGAACAGUUGGAGCAGCGUCGAAGAGAUCGAAACGAAAGAGGUGAUUGGAAAAAGGGGAGAGGAAGAAAUUGGUCGAAAGGACGAGGAAAAAAGAUCGAAGAAAAGAGAAAAGUCGGGAGCAUCUCGCAGGAGGAGAAGAAUAAAGCAAGGGGAUAAUUCUGACGUGUCCGAAGAUCGAGAUGACGUGGCGGCACAAAUGAGGCCACUCUUAUUGGAUAGAUCGUUUCAUCCGUAAAUCCCGCGAUUUUUUUUCCCCCGAUUCGUCCAGGUUUGGAGCUAAAGACGGAACUGUAAAGACCGGCAGAAUAGUUAUCGACUGAUCGACGAUGAUAAAUGGCGAAUUCAAUGUGAACGAUACGAGGAGAAUGAAUGCGUAUCCGUUUAAUCGCAACCCACAUAUUCCUUAACGCACAAAAACAUCGUUAUUCGUUUCGCUCUCGCAUAACUGAAAAUAGUAUGUCGAUCGAUCCUAUGCGCCCCUAUUUAUUUUAUCUUAUUUCAAUGAGAAAACGUUGGACGUUCUCGCGUACGUUGUCUCUUCGAAAGUCGUCUUUUUCUCAAAUAUCCUAUAUUUCGAACGUAUAGCUCGGACCGAUAUACCUAUACUAUUUAUUCAAUUACGAUUGAACAGGUUUUUUGAAGAAAUCGACUUUCGAUUAUAUGGAAAAAAUCGUCGAAAAUUUCGCCUUUGGCCUAUUACCGAAUAUAUCGUUCUGGAAAUGAUAUAUUUCUUCCUGUCCAGCAUCGGGAGAGGAGGCGAGGGCGAUCCCGAUGGCCUCGACUUUCUCGAGGAAAGUACUAUAAACCGAUAUCUCUGUGUGUCCUCGUGUUUGGAACGCAAAGAAAAUAAGAACCGCGUAGGAGUUUGAGAGAAAGCGAACGAUCUAUAGUUCCUAUAGAUCAUGAGGUAACUCGACCAUUGUUGGAAAAGACGCUUAAUCGUUAAUCGAUCGAUUGUGCACUAUACUUGCUCUUUUCUUUUUUUUUUUUGUUUUUUUUUUUCUUUCUUUUCAACGGCUGCCGCCUCGUAAAGAAAAAGAAAAAAAAGUACGUCUCAAGAUACGUACAAUACAAUCGACGGAUUAUUAAUCGAGAAAGUAUUCCGAUUGGAAAGGAUCUUCUAUAAUAGAUUAUAGAAUAUUACCUUAAGAUCUUGAUAAAAUCGUAUAUAUCGUCUAUUAUCGGUGCGUUUUAAGCGCUAAUAGCGAACUCUUCCUUCCUUCCACGUAAUCGACUCGAAUAUCAGAGAACGAUAAGACAAUAGAGGAGAAACAAUAGCUAUUGGAAAGUUCCAAAUCAUUGACCACUUCGUAGUUUAAGUAACGUAGAGACAUCGUUCCCUAUCCGACGAAUUCGAGAAGAGGAGUCAUUUUUAGACGCUAUCUUGAUAUUACAUCGUCUGAUCGAUGUUCGAGGCAAUCGCUUGGCACAAGGUCAAACGAUCCUUCUAUCGCGUGCUAUUAGUCCCUUAAUAAUCUUUUAAUGACACCUAAUAUAUGUAUAUGUAUGUAUGUAUGUAUGUGUAUAUAUAUAUAUAUAUAUAUAUAUAUUUACACACACACAUGUUAACUGGCUGUAACAACGUUCGUAAUGACUUAAAAAAUAAUCAUUUCGUGUUAAGCCAAAAGAGAGUUUCGUUAUAAUUGUAUUUGCUCGGUCGAUCGUUAAACGAAAUGAUAAGAAUUACGUGUUAAUGAGAAACUCAUGGAUGUCGUCGACCUAAAUCAUCGGCAUAAAUGUAAUGUUCGACUUUUUUCGUAGUUAUUAAUAUUUAACCGAAGAAAGAACGAAGGUGGCGCCGAUACGUUCCUACAGCGAGUCUAUGAAAAAUAUGAAAUAAAUAAAUAAAAAGAAAAGAAAAAUAGAGGAAAAGGGAAAAGGAAGGAAAAAGAAAAAUGAUUUUACGAUGAAAAUUUUCAAGUUUUGAGAAUACAUAAUAGUUCCAAAGAGCGCUAUAUAACCAACUCUAUUUCUAGAUAUUCCGUCCGCAAAGAGUAGACGAGCAAAUUUUAUUGUCCCCCUCUCCUUCCCUCUUUUCUUUCUUUAUGCUUCUUACUCGAUAUUAUCGAUCGCAACUACCGCGAAAUCAAAUGUCCGUCUAUUAACGUCUCUCGCGUUGAAAUUAUUUUUAGUUUAGGUCUUUAUCGAGUUUGGUCGACUCGCGACACGAUUUCAAUUAAUAUCGAUAAUCGAGUCUAUACAUCAAAUCGGCGAAACUCGAGCGAGUGAUAAGGAAAAGGCUUUAUUAUAUUACCGCGAACGUUCCGUAUAAAAUCAAGAAUACGAACCCAUUCGAUUAUUUUUUUUAAGCAAAACUAGCCGAAGGAAUAAAUAGGAUGGAUUAGAAAUAAAGAUGCACGUUUUGAUAAGCGAGAUCGGCGAGUAAGUAAAGAAGAAUUUAAGUACAAGUCCUUAAAAAUUAAAAGGGGAAGACCCGACAUGUUAGUAGAUUAUAGACCGGGAAGAAUUUUUCGGGAGGAUCCUCUAAGAGCUGUGACUACGGUGCCUAGACGAAAAUGAUAGAACACGAUGAUUGGAAAAGUCUCGAGACGUAAGGUUUGUCUUGGGGGGGGGGGGGG